AUGGCUCUCCUACCCCUCAAGAAACAGGCAUUUGGUAUUUCAUGGCAUGCAAAUAGUAAACAAUUAACGUUGUAAUAUAAAGAUCCUUUCGAAAGAAACCAAAAGUAUUUAAGUAUUUUGGGGGAGAAAAAACAAUUUUCAUCAAAGGCGUGUGCUUGUCUCAAAGAAGAAAAAAAAUGAAAGCAACAUAAGCGUGUGGACGUGCUUUUGAUUAGAAAUUAUCCACUAGUGAAUGAAACAAAGCAAAAAAUAUAAUACAGCUUAACAGCAUUUGUUUUUGUAAUGUUAAGUUGAUAAUUCACUUAGUCUAUCAUCUGCUUCAGUUAUGAGACAGCACACCAUGGCGUCUCUUCUGUCGGUUCUCCUUCUUUCUGCCCAAUUUACAUUUAUACUUUCUGCAUCUGGUUCAUCGUCAUCGAUCUCCAACAGGUGCUGUUUCUUUUGGCAGCUUAAGGCGUAAUUCCCCUAAGUAUCUUUGGGGAGGGAAGCUAACAUUGUUCAGGGUGGAAGGUCAGUCGUCCUGUGCCUUGCUUUAUGUGAAUAAACCAAAGUGUUAUCCGUUCAACAUGGCCGGGUACCAUGACUCUAAAGGUCUUCAUCUGUGUGAGUUGUUGGAAACUGACAAGUACAGAACUGAAAGUGGGAAGUUUCAUGACAAUGUCAUGAUAUCAGUUCUUCGGUAUUAUUUCUUUAUAUAU